AUGGCGCAAGAGAGAUAUGAUAUGAUCGUGAUGGGGGCUGGUAUGCUCGACAGAUACUGAUUUGGGAGAUGCCUCGUGGUUCGAAGCUGACUCUCGCACAGGCUGGUUUGGUCUGGCAGCGGCGAAAACACACCUUGAGCUCCAUCCUUCUGAGGAUCUUCUCGUUCUGGAAGCUGAGAGCAGUUGUGGUGGCACCUGGUCAGAGAAUCGUCUAUACGCCGACCUCAAAUCAAACAACCUCCACGGUAAGAUUUCAAUCGCACCAAGCAAAGAACCUCUGCUGAAUCGUUGCUUUUCUGUCUAUAGGCAGCUAUGAGUAUCCAGACUUCCCAAUGGAUCCCGCCGCCUAUGGCAUCACACACGAUGACCACAUUCCUGGCAAAGUUGUCCACAAGUAUCUCACAGACUUCGCUAAGAAGUUCGGCGUCUACGCCAGGACACGAUUCAACACCAAAGUCGAAAGCCUGGGGCCAGCGUCGGAUGGCGGCUGGAUUAUCCGUACUGCUUCUGAAGGCGACGAGAAGGAGAAGACGUUGCAUUGCAAGAAAGUUAUCGUGGCGACUGGACUAACCUCGCAGCCCAACUUUCCUCAGUAUGCAGGCGCAGAGACGUUCCACGCUCCCUAUUUCCAUGCCAAGGAUUUCUGCCGACAGGGAGACACUAUCAAGACAUCGGAACGAGCUGUGAUUGUGGGCGGUGGCAAAUCAGCCAUGGAUGUUGCUUUUGCGUACGCGAAUAAAGGCGUUCAGGUCGAUAUGGUCAUUCGACCCGGAGGCAAUGGUCCGAUCUGGAUCUCACAUCCUUAUGUUAUGGGCGGCAAGCGGCUAGAGAGUCUUAUGCACGUGCGUUGGAUGAGCUGGUUCAGUCCAUGUCCCUGGGGUGGUCUCGACAGCUGGCUGGGAAAUAAGAUGCGGAGUUUCCUCCACGGUACCGCCGUGGGCCGUUUCAUCGUUGACAAGUUCUGGGCUGGACUAGGAGGCGAGGUCUUAACUGCGAACGCCUAUGACACUCACCCGGAAGUCCAAAAGCUCAAACCCUGGAAUUCCGCCUUCUGGAUCGGCUCCGGCUUUUCCAUCCACAACUACGACCGUAACCUCUUCGACAUGGUCAAACGCGGCGAGAUCAAAGUCCACAUCGCCGACAUCGACCGCUUGACGAAACACACCGUCCAUCUCACCAACGGCACCGACUUACCCGCCGACGUGCUCAUCUGCUCCACAGGCUGGCGCAAAGAACCCUCCAUCCGCUUCCUCAAUUUCGGCACCGCAGGAAUCGGCCUCCCCCAGAAUCCCUCCGAACAAGCAGCCCUCAUCACAGCCUACGACUCCAAACUCCUCAAAAUGUACCCCCGCCUCACCAACCAACCCACUCUCAACUUCCAGCCCAAAGCCAACCCCUUCCGUCUCUACCGCUUCAUGAUACCCCCCGCCAGGAUCCAAGACCGCAACAUCGCUUUCGCAGGCAUGGUCUCCUCGGUCAGCUCAUCCAUCUGCGCCUCCGUGCAAGCGCUCUGGAUUUCCGCCUUUCUGGAUGGAAGAUUACCCCAUCUAGCUUCCCUCACCACAGAAGAAGUCACGGAUGAGGUCAUGUUACACACGCAGUGGGGCAAAUGGCGAUAUCCGAAUGGAUACGGGGCGCAUCUGCCGGAUCUGGUGUUUGAGGCGGUGCCGUAUUUUGAUCUCAUGUUGAGGGAUUUGGGGUUGGAGGUGAACCGGAAGGGAAGCGGGUGGAGGGAGGUUACGGAGCCGUAUGGGCCGGGGGAUUAUCGGGGCUUGACUGAGGAGUGGGUGGAACGGGCGUCGGGGUUGGAGGCGUAG